CCUCCCUCUGCUCCCUCUCCCCUCUCCCUCUGCCUUCUUCGGGCCCCUUCCCGAGAUCCUAUUUGCAGAGGUCCUCUAUAAACCAGAGACCGCCUUGGCCCCCAGGCUGGACUCCGCCGCCAGGAGCCGCGCCCUCCAGAUCGUCGGAGGAGUGGUGCGGAGCCGGCUGAGUCUCAAGACCGACAUGCAGCAGUUCGGCGCCGUCGACGUCGUGUUCAUGGGCAACCGGCACGAUCCCACCGCGGAGCCACCCUGGGUGCGGUUCGAGAAGGCCUCGAGCGCAGUGGCAGCCUGCAACGCCAUCAACGCGGGGCAGGUCAUGUUCGAGGGGCAGCCAGCGAAGGCGGAGCUGAAGGCGGGGAACGUCCCCCCGCGGGCCCCCCCGCAGAGCCGCGCCCAGAGCAGCCCGUUCCGCAGCAGCCGCGACAUCGCGCUCGAGGACCGCCGCCGCCGCAGGUGAGCGGCCGGGCCCGGCGCGCUCGCCGGCGCCCCGCGGGCGGGCCGGCGCGCGGCGGAGUGCGGCGUGUGGGCUGCCGC